UUAAAUAUUCUUUUAUCUCGCCUCUCUAUAUUCUUUUUCUAUUCAAUUUGCUCAAACUCGCACUUCAUGGAAAAUAAUCAUAAUCGCCAAUGCCAAGACCUCCCACAAGUCCUCCUCUUAAAACCACCACCACCAAUUAUGGUGGUUCUUGGAGAGCAUCGAUUUUCAUCAACCAAAUUCCAGUUCUUGAAAGCGUGGGACUCCCCGCUUCCUCUUAACCAAUUCCUGCCCAAACACGCUAAUUCAAUCCAAGCCAUUCUCUGCUGUAGUGCCUCUCGAGUCACUGACGACCUACUCCAGCUGCUUCCCUUUGUGAGAUUAGUUGUCACUGCCAGUGCUGGCACCAACCACAUCGACCUAAAGGCGUGCCGCCGACGCGGAAUUUCGGUCACCAAUGCCGGGAAUGUGUAUUCAGAAGACGGUGCGGACGCUGCGGUGGGUUUGUUGUUUGAUGUUUUGAGAAAGAUUUCAGCUGCUGAUCGGCACGUGAGGCAGGGCCUUUGGGUCAAGAAAGGGGACUAUCCUCUUGGUUCUAAGGUGGGAGGGAAGCGAAUUGGGAUAGUUGGGUUGGGAGGCAUAGGCUUACAAGUUGCCAAAAGACUUGAGGCUUUUGGCUGCAUUAUUUCUUACAAUUCAAGAAACAAAAAGAAGUUUGUUUCAUACCCAUUCUAUUCCAAUGUUUGUGAACUCGCAGCUAAUAGCGAUGCUCUCAUUAUUUGUUGUUCCUUGACGGAUCAAACACGCUAUAUGAUCAACAAGGAAGUAUUGAGUGCAUUAGGGAAGAAAGGAGUCAUAGUUAACGUUGGACGUGGAGCUAUCAUUGAUGAGAAGGAAUUGGUGAGGUGUUUAGUGACAGGAGCGAUUGCGGGUGCAGGGUUGGAUGUGUUUGAGAAUGAGCCUCAUGUUCCCAAACAGCUCCUUGAACUGGAUAAUGUUGUUCUGUCUCCGCAUAGGGCUGUCAUCACACCCGAAUCUUUCACGGCUUUGUGUGAACUUGUGGUAGGGAACUUGGAAGCUUUCUUCUCUAACUUGCCGUUGCUUUCUCCGGUAAUGAUUGAAUGUAUUGAUGGUUAAAGCACAAAAUUGAUUGCUGCUAAUGGUAUAUCUUUUAUCUUUUUUAGAAAUUAUUUGGUGUUCAUUUACUCUAGUGCACUUGGUGACCGGGUAACAUAGCUAAGUUGAAUUUCCACUGCUGUUAGUUUGAUCCGGAUGGGUAUACAUCUUUUCCUGGUGAUGGAGGAGGAUGUGGUAUUUGUUACUGCAAUUAUUGAGUUGUUGAUUUAGUUGUUUAUGUUGGGGUCAUAAACAACAAUAUUUCUGCUGGUAAUAUGAUAUUAGUAAUAUUCUUCGAUCGUUGCUGAAUAAUUAUGAGUUAAUCUACUAUAGGCUUCUGCUCUAAUUGUUUGGGAUUUGAUAGGAUUGAUGCUAACAUUGGUUACUGCAAUAUUGUUGGACUUGUAAUGGUACUCUGCAGGGUUGGGAUGACUGCUAAAUGAAAUUUGUUUAGGUAUGAUAUGUUGUUUGUUGUUGGGGUGUAGUAAAUUGGAGGGUGAGCUGUUGGGUCUAAUGUGUGGGUUGGCUGUGGGUUAGAUUAUUUGUCUGUUGUAUUUAUAGGGUUUCAUAUGAUAUUUCUUAUUUCGAUAAUAAAAUCCUUUUAUUAAUAAAAAAAAAAUUCUUUUACGCAAUUUAUGUUAA